CUAUCUGUUCGCCGGAAUAUGCUCCCUUCUCUUAACGUCGAUCACCUGUUUUCUCUUUUCCCUCUCAACUAGGAGAAGAAUCAAUCAAUCUCCCUCCCUUCUUCUUCUUCUUCUUCUCUCCUAAUUAUUUCAUGGGAUUUUCAGAUUAGAAGAGCGUCACCGCAAAAAUCAUCUAUUGAUUCAAAGAACCAGCGUUUGAAACAAAAUUCUAAAAAGAAAUGGGAUAUUUAGACUUGGCGUUGUCGUAUUCUAACCAGCCGCCGAUUGUUGAAGCUCCAGCGAGCGGAGGUGGUCUCAGCCAGAAUGGGAAAUUUAGCUAUGGAUAUGCAAGCUCUGCUGGGAAGAGAUCAUCUAUGGAAGACUUUUUUGAGACUAGGAUCGACGGUGUCGAUGGAGAAAUCGUUGGUCUCUUUGGAGUUUUUGAUGGCCAUGGUGGAGCCAGAGCAGCUGAGUAUGUGAAGCGUCAUCUUUUUAGUAAUCUGAUCACCCACCCCAAGUUUAUCUCUGACACCAAAUCAGCUAUAACUGAUGCAUAUAACCAUACAGACUCUGAGCUUCUCAAGUCAGAAAAUAGUCACAAUAGAGAUGCUGGUUCCACUGCAUCUACAGCUAUUCUUGUUGGUGAUCGUUUACUUGUGGCAAAUGUUGGUGACUCUAGAGCUGUUAUCAGCAGAGGGGGGAAUGCCAUUGCUGUGUCAAGGGACCAUAAACCUGACCAAAGUGAUGAGCGUGAAAGGAUUGAGAAUGCUGGUGGAUUUGUGAUGUGGGCAGGAACUUGGAGGGUUGGAGGAGUUCUUGCAGUUUCUCGUGCUUUUGGUGAUCGGCUUCUGAAACAGUAUGUUGUUGCUGAUCCAGAAAUACGGGAAGAAAAGAUUGAUGAUUCUCUUGAGUUUUUGAUCCUAGCAAGCGAUGGACUGUGGGAUGUUUUCUCUAACGAGGACGCAGUUGCAAUGGUUAAGGAAGUUGAAGACCCAGAGGAGUCAGCGAAGAAACUUGUGGGAGAAGCAAUAAAGAAAGGUAGCGCAGACAACAUCACAUGUGUGGUCGUUCGUUUCCUUGAUAACCAGACAGCUUCAUCAAGCCAUGCCAGUUCCUCUGCAUCCAAUCAAAUGCCGCCACUUGGAGACCUCACUAUCUCAUCCAAUGAAGCUAACCAAGUCCAGACUGAUUCAGAGAACAUCAGCUCAAGGAGUAAACCAGAGAAUGUAACGAAUCACAAACCGAUCACUGCAAGCAGCAACUUCACCAAUGAAGGGCAUUCAGUGAAUAAAAAACCAGUCCCUGAAAGUAGCUCAACGAAGCAGUGACCCUUAGAGAAAUUCAGUGACUGGGGUAGAUUUGUGUUCCUUCUAUUCAUUCAUUAGGAACUAAAGACACAGUCUUCUGCAUCGUUUCUUCCCUCAAAGUCAGCUAACAAACUUACAGAUCGUUGAUUGCGUUUGCAUUUAGGAUUGAAAAUGUACUUAAUAUGAUUAUUUUAAUCAUACGAAUAGGUGUGUAUGUGUGUGUGUGUGUAUAAAUACAUACAUCUAUAUGUAGUUGUUUAUGUAUAAAUGUUUCCUAAAGAACAUGAUAGUUAUAUUUA